CACCAACAUGUUAUUCUUUUAUGGGUGCAAUUCUUUAUAUAAAUAGCCAGCUGCAAGUAAAACAAAUAAAUUUUGUUUAUUUGAAAAUGCAAAAUGACUGGAAUACAUUAACAUCAGAACAUGAAGUUAAUAUUCUGCAUAAAUAUGGCAGAAAAUGCAGAAAUUACACUAUAAUAUACAUUGUUGGAGUAUUUGGACAUCUUAUGCUCUAUCAUUUGGUACAUGGGGUUCCUCAGCUGAUUAACUUUUACAAAAAUAUUGAUAAACCUAUGCAGCUUGUUUUUCUUCUUGAGUGUGGUAUAGAUUUACAAAAAUACUACUUAUGGAUAACAAUUUACAGUUAUGUAGUUGGUUACGUUUGUAGUUUUGGAAUUGUAAAUGGAGGUACAAUUCUUUUAAUGUUUCUUGAGCAUGCUUGUGGAAUAUUUGACAUUAUAGGACAUCUAUUGACUACUGCUAUAAAUGAAAAUUCUGUCUUUAGUAAUAAAGUUAAUUUUCGAAAACAACUCCAUCGAAAGAUUAAACUUUGUGUGGAAAUGCACAGAAGUGUUAUAUUAUUUAUCAAUGAUGUUCAAACAUGUUUUUCUACUUCUUAUCUUUUUGUAUUUGGACUAAGUGUAAUUAUGUUAAGCAUCACUGGAGUCCAAUCUGUGAUGUGCUUACCGGAUAAUCCCAAGGAUGCCAUAAGGUUCGGAUGUUUCACAAUUGCUCAAAUAUUACAUAUUUACUUUUUAACUCUCCCAACGCAGCAUUUACUGGAUAACAGCUUAAUUCUUUCCACCUGCAUAUAUGAUACAGAUUGGUACCAUUUGUCAACUGAAACAAAAAAAUUAUUACUCCUAAUAAUGAGAAAAGGAUCUGAACCUACUACAUUUGUUGUUGGCAAAAUAUUCAUACUUUCAUUGCAAUUUUUUACAAAGAUUCUUCAAACGUCAAUGUCAUAUUUUACUGUACUGAUGUCUAUGCGAGGAUGAGUAGAAAGUUCCACUGCGUCAUUUUAUAAUAAGAUAGUGAUUGGUGAAAUUUGAUAUUUUAAAAUCAAAAAAAUCUUUUUGUAGUACGAUUUAUAUCGAGUUACGAUUUGUUUUAAAGUAAAUAAAA